UCAUCAUGCAGAAUGUCAUAAAACCCGUGUUAUUCCUCACCUUGGCGACCCAACAACAUUUUGGAACAUCCGAUCGCAUUCCAUAAUGUCAAGAUAAAAGGCUAGGGAUGUCAUGCAGUCCAAUCAACGGCCGUCAUCGAUGUGAUAGGCAAGCACAUAACCUGCUGACUGCAGAAGAAGUCGCCAUUAGAUCAUGAACUUUUGACAUUUCACAAGCUUAGAACUUGUGCCAGCUCUUAGCCACAGGGACGGACGCCGGCAGAUGCGAGGGCACGAUGCGCGGCUUCAGUGGCCAUUGAUGAAAAAGCAGGGACACCCUCGUCAAGACACAUAUACCGGGGAUUCCAAGGUCUUUCCUCUUUCAGCUGUAGACGCCAGGCCUUCCCCAACUGCUUCUUGACCAACGCUGUACAGACUUCAUCAUGACCGACGCCGUCAUUAAUACCCAUCCAGACACAAGCUCUGAAAAUGGGAACCUGCUGUUGAGAUCCUCAGAAGGCGGGAACACAUCCACCACAACCUCCCUCGAAACUGGACCCACCACUCCCCCUUCCUCCAACAGUGACCCUCUUACCUGCCAGGCCCCCAUCGCAAUCUGCGGCCUCGCCCUCCGCCUCCCAGGCGGAAUCAACGACGCCACCUCCUUCUGGGACGCCCUCUACAAUGGCCGCGACAUGCGCACCCCUAUCCCCAAAAGCCGCUUCAACGCCCUCGGCUUCAGCAAAGAACACAGCUCCGUCGGCCUCGUCCCGCAACACGGUUACUUCCUCGAUCAUGACAUCGCCGCUUUUGAUACCUCCUUCUUCAGCUGCCGCAAGGCCGAGCUAGAACGAAUGGACCCCCAGAUUCGCCAGCUCCUCGAAGUGACGAGAGAAUGUCUCGAGAACGCGGGAGAGACCCAAUACCGAGGCAAGCGAAUUGGGUGCUACAUUGGGACCUUCGGGGAGGACUGGCUGUUAAUGCAAGCGAAGGACAGCUUACAGGGCGGGAGCGGACACAAUGUCGGUCAUAUGGAUCUUUUGCUCGCCAACCGGGUGUCCUACGAAUUUGGCUUGAGUGGGCCAAGCAUGGUUAUCAAGACGGGGUGUUCCGCUUCGUUGGUUGCUUUGCACGAGGCAUGUCGUGUGUUGCAGGCUGGCGAUGCGGAUGCUGCUGUUGUUGGUGGGUCAAGCUUGAUCUUGACGCCGAAGGGGUACGAUAUCUUGACUUCGGAGGGUAUCUUCUCGCCUGAAGGAUCUUGCAAGCCGUUUGAUGCCGCGGCGGAUGGGUAUGGGCGAGCUGAGGGGGUUAAUGCUGUGUUUCUCAAGAGACUUGAUGAUGCGGUUCGGGAUGGGAACCCCGUUAGGGCUGUGAUCCGGGGGUCUGGGACCAACGCCAACGGUCAUAGCCGCGAUGGUCUCAUCUCUCCGGAUAGUGCCACGCAAGCUGCUUUGAUCCGGUCUGUGUAUGAGUCUACGGGAUUGGAUGUCAAAGACACGGGAUACAUUGAGUGUCAUGGAACUGGAACCAAGGAAGGUGACCGCAAAGAAGCCAUCGCGGUUGCCGACGUCUUUGGCGGCGCAGGGAUUCUAAUGGGCUCAGUCAAAGCAAACGUCGGGCAUUCCGAAGGGGCGUCUGGCUUGACGAGCUUGAUCAAAGCGGUCUUGACGCUGGAAAAGAAAGUCAUCCCGCCCCAGAUCAAGUUCCACAACCCCGCUCCGAACAUUCCUUUCGAGCAAGGUCGGUUGGAAGUGCCGAUGAAGCCAACUCAGUGGCCAGUCGACCGAUCAGAACGAAUCAGCAUCAACUCGUUUGGAAUCGGAGGGGCCAACGCUCACGUGAUUGUCGAGACAGUCAAAGAAUUCUGCCCAAGUCUGGUGGCAAGUCUGAUCGAUGAAAAAGCUCAAAACACCAGUUCCCCCUCGCUUCUCCUAGUCUCCGCCAACUGCCCUUCUUCGCUGAAGCAAAACACCGACAACAUCACCAACUACAACCACCAGCACCAAGACAACCUCAAACAUCUCAGCUACACUCUAGCCUUACAUCGGGAGCAUUUGAGCCAUCGCAGCUUCGUUAUUGCUGGAAAGGAUGGACCUGAAGAGCCAGUACCAGCCCGUAAAGCAGACGCCCAGCCACCCAAGGUGGUCAUGGUUUUCUCCGGACAGGGUGCUCAGUGGCCGCAGAUGGGACUAGAGCUACUUAGAGAAGAUCCAGAGUUUAGGAACGACAUCUCGGUCAUGAACGACGUGUUGCAAUCCUCGGAGAACCCUCCGGCAUGGUCCCUGGAAGAUGAGCUCUCGAAGCGGCCAGAGGAAUCCCAGAUCUACGAAGCUGAAUUCUCUCAGCCACUCUGUACAGCGCUGCAGCUCGCCCUCGUUCGGUCUCUCGCAGGGAAGGGCAUUCACCCGGAUGCUGUGAUCGGUCACUCCAGCGGAGAAAUAGCCGGUGCUUAUGCAGCAGGAGUGCUAAGUUUGUCAGAGGCUAUCAUCAUCGCAUACUACAGGGGCUUUAUCAUGAAGGAGAGCGUCCGGACUGGUGCUAUGGCCGCCGUGGGCUUGGGAUCAGAAGAUGUGACCCUAUCCCUGGCUGAUGGUGCAACAAUUGCAGCAGAAAACAGUCCAAACUCAACAACAAUAUCUGGCGAUAUACCUGCUGUUGAGCAGACCAUGUCGGCUGUCAGGAACGCAUUUCCUGAAGCUUUCUGCAAGAAGCUAGCAGUCAAUACGGCCUAUCACUCGUCUCACAUGAAUGAACCCGCUACUCGAUAUCUGGAGCUUCUUAGACGAGAGCUUCCAGAUGCCAACCAACAACGGAAACCAACUAUCCCCUGGUACUCAACUGUUUCGGGAGAUCUUCAUGAGGACCCCAUUGACCUCUCGUACUGGGCAACAAAUCUCACCUCCAAAGUCAAGUUCCUUUCUGCGGCAAGAUCUGUGAUGGAGAGCCUUCCGAACUCCGUUUUCUUGGAGGUUGGACCACAUUCUCAACUGAAGGGGCCACUGCGGCAGAUUGUCACCCAUAAAAGCGUUGCGUUCGAGUACAUCCCUACGGCCAUUCGCAAAGAAAACUCCAGCAAGACCCUCCUCACAGCCUUGGGCUCCCUUUGGCAGCAUGGACUGACCAUCGACUUCGCCUCAUUCCUCCCCGGCAAAGUCCUCCACGAUCUGGCACCAUACUCCUGGAACCACUCCACUCGUUACUGGAACGAAAGCCGGAUCAGCAAAGAUUGGAGGCAAGCAGAGUUCAGCCGGCAUGCCCUCCUCGGCCGCUGCAUUGAAGAGAGCUCUGGCCUCGAACCCUCCUGGCGUAAUCUUCUCGACGUAGAAGACGAAGAGUGGCUUGCUGACCACAAGGUCAAGGGUGACAUUGUCUUCCCCUUUGCCGGCUAUGUCGCCAUGGCGGGUGAAGCAAUCCGACAGCUGACAAAAGUUGAGACUGGAUACAGCCUGCGGAACAUUGUCGUGCACACUGCCUUGCUGCUUCAUCGGGGAAAAGCCGCUGAGAUUGUGACUUCUCUUCGGCCACAGAGGCUGACAGAAAAAGCAGACUCGGGGUUUUAUCACUUUAGCAUAUCUUCCUUUACGGGAUCUGGCUGGAUUAAGCACUGUGAAGGCCUGGUAAAGCCGGCGGCCAAGCGCUCAGUGAAGGCCGAGAAUGCUCCAACUAGCCUCCCAAGAAAGGUAUCUUCCCAAAAGAUGUACUCCAGCUUUGGGAGAAUCGGUAUCGAGUUCGGACCAACGUUCCGCAGGCUCAAGCACAUCGAAGCAUGUCCCGUUAACACCCAUGCUAUCGGUCAAAUAGAGGCUCCACUGAACGGCCUGAGGGAGUCUUCCUACCACAUCCACCCCACCGCACUGGACGCAUGUUUCCAGAUGAUACUGGUGGCCAUGGCAAAGGGAAGCGGGAGGAACAUUGAGAAGCUGGCUAUCCCUUCUUUGAUCGAGGAAAUCGAUGUGCACGCCUCCCUUACCGGCACAACACCGUUGGCUGUCGAAGCGAAAGCUUCCAUCGACCCAAAACGCACCGAGGUAAACGCUCGAGGUCCUGAUAGUAGUCUUGCCCUUCGACUUCGGGGCUUCAAGCUCUCGCGUCUGGACGACGAGGAGAAAAUUGAUGUCGACAGACACGCAGCUUGUCGCGUAACAUGGCAUUCGCAUGUGGACUUUGCCAAAAAGGAGGCUCUCAUUAUUCCGCCAAAUACCCCAGGCACCAUGCCUAAGAACAGACUUCUGGUUGAGGAGCUCGCGCUGUUGAUGUUGCUCGACAUGGAAGAGGCAUCCCGCGCCAUGGAACCAGAGGCUGAACACCUGAAGAUGUAUAAACUGUGGCUUCAGCGAUGUCGCCUCGGGGCACUUGAAGGCAGGUACCCGGUCCUCGGCAGCGAAGCUGUGUCCAAUUUCCUCAGCCUAGAGAUAUAUGACCGGAAUACCGCCAUCAAGAGUCGAUUGAGCACACUUCAGGACCGCUCCCCAGAAGACGGUAUUUGGAAAGCAAUGCAAAGGGUCUACAUGAACACCGAGUGGCUCUUGAAGGAAGACAUCACAGCCAUUGAGCUUCUCAUUCAUGACGGUCUACUCAGAGAACUCUACCGAGGCAUGACCUUUGACGUUUCCCCUUUCGUCAAGUCUCUCUGUGUGAGCAAACCCGGCCUCCGCAUCUUAGAAAUCGGCGCCGGCACUGGUGGAACCACCUCAGCAAUCCUUGAAGGAAUCGUGCUCCCAGGUCAAAAACCCCCUUAUGCUCAGUACACCUUUACCGACGUAUCCGCAGGCUUCUUUCCUGAAGCUCAAGCCAGGUUCAAGGAUCAACCAAACAUGGAGUACAGGGUACUUGACGCAUCUAGCAAUCCUCUCGAGCAGGGCUUUGAGCCUCAAAGCUAUGAUCUCAUCGUGGCUGUCAAUGUCAUCCAUGCGUUGCCCUCGCUGCAUGAGUCCCUUUCUGGACUUAAGACUCUCCUACGACCAGGAGGUCAGCUCCUAUUGACAGAAAUCUGUGGUCACACCUUUGUCCCAGGAUUGGUCUUUGGCUAUUUUCCUGGCUGGUGGCUGGGGGCAGCUGACGACCGCAAGUGGGCACCGCAUGUGUCUGUUGCACGUUGGGACACUGAGCUGCGGGCGGCGGGCUUUUCAGGGGUUACUACCACGGUGCUUGACGCGGCUGAACCUUUCCACAUGUGCACCACACUGCUUGCUCAAGCACCCCCGGUACAUCAGCUUGCUGAGAUCGCUGCUGGAAAGAUUGCUCUCCUUCACGACGAUCCUGAUUCCCCGGUAACCAAGAAGCUCAUAUACGGCCUUGAGUCUGACCGCUACGAGGUCCUUAAAGUGAAGCUAGGAGAGGAGCUGCCCUCGGACAUGCUUGUCAUCUCAACACUGGACCACGAGUCGCCCUUUUUCGAGGAUAUCUCUCCAACCCGAUUUCAAGCAUUCCAACGCCUCUGCGAGGGAUACAAGUCCGAAGAACUUCUCUGGCUGAUGCCCCUGACGUCCUCCCCUGGAUGUGAGAAUCCACGCGCAGGCCAGACCCCUGGAGCAUUGGGCGUCUUUCGCAAUGAAAACUCACUCCCGUUUUUCACACUUGAAAUUGCAGACGACGAGCCAGAUUUCGCGCGGCUUGUGAUAGAUGUCUUGAAGAAGAUUGUGGAGCGGGACGACGGGCGUCGUGUUGAAGAAGACCACAUGUUUGUUGUUCGAGGGGGACUGGUGCAAGUACCUCGCUUGGAGUCGAUUUCUAUCCUUACAGACACAACUACUGAAAGCCAUUCGUCUGUUUCAAAUACGGAUGCCAUCGCUAAGCGGCUUGAGUUGGGCCAGGUGGGGGCGCUGUCUUCACUUCGUUGGAAGACAUAUCUUGUCGACAGUGACGGUCUUGGCCCUGAUGAGGUGGUGCUUGAAACCAAAGCUGUUGGGUUGAAUUUCAAGGAUGUCGUGGGUGCCCUAGGGUUGAUCGACUUUGGAUCCGACGAGAUUCCGAUUGGCGUCGAAGUGUCAGGCAUUAUCUCUCAGGUUGGAGCGAACGUCAAGCAUCUUGUCGUUGGUGAUCGAGUGGCAGGCUUCAACGGAAACGGUUGCUUCUCGACACACGCUGUCCUCCAUGGCCUAAACUGUGUGAAAAUCCCCGACGACAUGCAGUUUGAACAAGCGGCUGCUAUUCCUGUGGUCUAUAUUACAGUUUUCUAUGCCCUUAUUGAAGUGGCCCACUUAUCAGCCGGUCAGACUAUACUCAUCCACUCCGGAUGUGGCGGCGUAGGACUUGCUGCCAUCCAGGUCUGCCAAAUGAUCGGUGCCGAAGUGUUCGUUACCGUCGGCUCACACAAAAAGGUCAACUAUGCGAUGGAGAAGUUUGGACUUGCUCGAGAUCAGAUCUUCAACUCCCGUGAUGAUAGCUUUGUUGAGGGCAUCAUGCGAAUGACCAAAGGCCAGGGCGUAGACGUCGUACUAAACUCUCUUUCUGGCCCUCUCCUUCAUGCGUCAUGGAAAUGCGUCGCCGAGAUGGGAAAAAUGAUUGAGCUGGGCAAGUCGGACAUCUUAGGACGCGGAACACUUGACAUGGAGCCGUUUUUGCAGAACAGAUCGUUUGUUUGCGUUGACACAGCAGCCUUGGCGCUGAAAAGACCAGCAAUUAUGCAGAGGUCACUGAAUCAGGUUUUCCAAUGGAUAUCUGAAGGGAAACUGGGGAUACACGAUCGAAUCCAGACCUUUGAUGCAGACGAGGUGAAAACAGCAUACUGUUGGCUUCAAGACGCUGAUCAUAUUGGCAAGGGCGUCGUCAGACUGCCGGACAAUCUCGACACAAUUAUGGCCGCACCGCUGGAGAGAAGAGUCUGCCAAUUCGACCACAAUGCUACGUAUUUGCUGUCAGGUGGUCUCGGUGGAUUGGGCAAGUCGAUAGCAACCUGGAUGGCGGAGCGAGGUGCUAGGUGCAUCAUUUUCUUAACCCGAAGCGCAGGCAUCAGUCAACAAGACAAGGACUUCAUCGUGGAACUGAGAAGCCUCGGGUGCCUUGGCAUCCCCGUGGCAGGAUGCGUUGACAACAUGCAGGAUGUCAAGCGUGCAAUUGCUCAGGCGCCUACCCCCGUCCGGGGUGUGAUGCAUCUGGCAAUGGUUCAACGAGAAGCUCCAGGAAUCACUUUGAGCCAUGAAGACUGGCAAGCAGCCGUGGCUCCAAAAGUUGAUGGCGCAUGGAACCUGCACCAUGCUCUCUCUGACAUGCCACUCGACUUUUUCUUGAUGACAAGCUCAGCUUUGACCAUUGCCCAUCAACCGGGAGAAAGCAACUACGCGGCGGCCUGCACGUUUCUCGAGUCCUUCUCUCACUAUCGACGAUGGCUCGGUCUGCCAUCAUCGGUGCUGCUGGUUGGUCCGAUCUCUGGGGCCGGCUUCAUUGAGGAGAAUCCGGCAGCGAUGAGAAAGGUCCAAGGAUCUGGUUUCCAUCUCUUGACAGAGAGGGAAUUUCUUGAUUUCGUGGAGUUCUCAGUACAACAUCAAAGAUCACAGAGCGGUGGCGAUGAGCUCCAGUGCAGUGAUGAUGGUCACAUCGUCAUGGCUGUUCGUUCCGAGGUGCCGUUAUCAGAUCCGAAAUGCCGGGCACCUUGGCGACGAGAUCCGCUGAUGGGGUCACACCACAACAUUGUUAGUGAAGCAGAAGCCGGUGUAUCAAAAAUCGGCACCUUCCUCACCGCGGCGGAAGAGCUGGCUUUUCGGGCUCGUGGCAAUCUGACUGUCCUGGAAGAAGCGGGAGCGGCGGAUGUUUUCGGUCUGGAGAUUGGAAGACGAGUUCGAGCUAUCAUGAUGUCGGACGAUCAGGAUGUAGAUGUUGGGCAGACGCUGCAACAGCUAGGGGUGGAUUCUCUGAUGGCAGUUGAACUACGUCGUUGGUGGAAACUGACGUUUGGUGUUGAGGUGACGACUUUGGAAAUCAUGGGUGGUGGCACGUUGCAUGAUUUGGGCACUGCAACCAUCAAGAAGAUGAGGAGGUUGGUGGAUGAGCAAGCUUAAUGGGAGGCGCCUACAUGCUGGUAACUAGCUAUAAUGAAAAAAGUAAAGA